GCGCGGCCACAAGAGGGGGGUGCUGAGCUCAGAGCUGCCGCAGAGCCGGAGCAGGAGCCGGAGCUGAGCCGGAGCGCGCGAGUAGCAUCCUUGGUGGCAGAUCACCCAAGGCCGGAGCACUGCUGCGCUCCAGCUCAGGGAGGGUGACUCAAGAGCCUGACCACGGCAGGACCCCACUGGCCCCGAGCCCACCCCUACCCGGCGUAGCCCAGCCCCGCGCGUCUGCUGGCAGUAGCCGCCGCUGCCGCCACCACAGCUCCAUCCCCCAGCCCGGCCCCGAAACCCAGACCGUGUGACUGCUGUGUGUACAGACAGGCCCCGGUCCGUGUUCGCGCCGAGCCUAGCUUCCGGUUCUGCGGGCCUGCAGGUUGCAGAUCUCCGGAUAACUGAGGCCGCCAGGAUGGACGUGUUCAUGAAGGGCCUGUCCAUGGCCAAGGAGGGCGUUGUGGCUGCAGCUGAGAAAACCAAGCAGGGGGUCACCGAGGCGGCAGAGAAGACCAAGGAAGGCGUCCUCUACGUCGGAAGCAAGACCAAAGAGGGAGUGGUACAAGGCGUGGCCUCAGUGGCUGAGAAAACCAAGGAGCAGGCAUCUCAUCUGGGAGGAGCUGUGUUCUCUGGGGCUGGGAACAUUGCAGCAGCCACCGGCCUGGUGAAGAAGGAGGAGUUCCCCACAGACCUGAAGCCAGAGGAAGUGGCCCAAGAAGCGGCUGAGGAGCCCCUGAUUGAGCCUCUGAUGGAGCCUGAAGGGGAAAGUUACGAGGACUCACCCCAGGAGGAAUAUCAGGAAUACGAGCCAGAGGCGUAAGGGUCCAUGAGGACCCCGCACCAGCAGCACAAUUCCUUCCCUGUCCCCGCCCCAUUCCUCACUCCCCAGAGCCAGGGCUGUCCUUAUACCUUUUCCCCCAAACACGAGUUCUUCCUUCGGCUCCGAGGCACUUCCUCAGGGCCUGUGUUAGUGUCUGCCCUGCCCUUCCGUCUGUCCUACCUGCCCGCGUUCAUCCCUGAGGCGUGGACUAGAGUCGGGCAGAGAGGUCCGGCUGGGAGCCCCGCCCUACCAGUGUUGCCCCUCACCCUCCAUCUGGUCCAGUGUCUGCUCGGAUGUAGCAUGUUCUAUGUAUUUUUAAACCAAGAUGGGAAAACUAUGGCUCCUUCCCCAUCCUAACAGAGGUUCUCCAAGGGGCCCCCGGGCAGCCCCACUUCGACCCCUAAAAUGUUUGUUUUUUUUUAACCCAAACCAGGAGCCAGGUCGUGCCAUGCUCCCUCCCUCAGCCCGCUCAGUCCAAGCGCGGGCGUCGUACGUUGUGAUUGUGGCAUGGAGAGUCCCCCACCCACUGUGUGAGCGUGUCCCGGGUGGGCGGCCAAGCCGCUCCCCAGUGUGUCCAUGAAUAAAGCCAAUCUGUCUGUA